AUGACUGUUUCGACUGAAUCAAAUUUCCCUCAUGGGGCAAGCACUCAGAAAUCUCAGAGCGUGGAACCAGAGAUAUACUCCAGCCUAACAAAAUCCUUGGACUUCGGCAACGAUGCAGAAGAGAAGUGGUGGACACGAACAGCUCCUCUGCUUUCCAGAAUUCUCGAUUCAGCCGGCUACACGCUUCCCCAGCAAUGCCAAUUCCUCACCCUCUUCAACACGCUUAUGACCCCAAACUUCGGGCCCCAUCCUCACAUAUGGCACUCCUCUAUUACGCACUCCGGGCUUCCCGUCGAGUUUAGCGUUAAUUACCAGCCCGGAAAGCAACCGACCGUGCGCAUUGGUUUUGAACCAGCAUCGUCCAUAUCGGGCACUGCGCGGGAUCCAUACAAUAUAGUCACCGUGUCAAACGUCCUGAACAAAAUGUCCAGGCUGAACUUCAAGGGCUUCGAUCCAUCUCUGUUCCACACUUUGAUCGGUUCACUCGCCCUCUCGAAGAAUGAAUCUGACCUGCUUCAGGGCGCGAAGCUUGAAGGUUCCAAGUUCAAGACACAGGCGGCCUUUGGGCUGGAUCUCAAGGGAGACGCUGUGACGGUGAAAACCUAUCUCUAUCCUGCCUUAAAAUCCAAGGUGUCCGGGCUUGCAUUUAGCGAGCUUCUGGAGAACGCGUUUGCUAAACUCCAGAACGCUCACGACUUUUCUCGGGUGCUCCCAAUGGUCCAAGAGUAUAUGGAGGAAGGGCAGUGCUAUAAUCAGUACUCCUUUAUUGGAUUUGACUGUGUUGACUCUUCGAAGUCCCGGUUAAAGAUCUACGGAGCUCUAUUGGAUAUGUCUUGGAAGAAGGUGGAGCAGGUAUGGACGCUUGGUGAUCGGUUGAUAAAUAGUGAAACCAACAAGGAGGGCCUUGGGUAUAUGCGGGCCCUGUGGGAGUACCUGACACCUGGAAAGGAACGACGACCUGUGGGCAUCUGGAACUACGAGCUAUUACCCGGGAGUGAAGAGCCGAUGCCCAAGUUCUACGUGGACAUGAAUGGCGAGAAUGAUUUUCAAAAUGCGCUGGGCAUAUCGAAGUUCCUGCAUCACAUUGGAUUGACGGCAACGGCUGAAGGCUUGAUCGGCCGAAUUCAGGAGUACUUCCCUGGUGUGAACCUUCAGGAAACGACCGAAGUUAUUCAGUACGUGUCUUUUGCGUGGAGUAAAGGUGGACCUUAUUUCAGUGUUUAUUACCUAUCGUCCUACUAA